AUGGACCCCGUUAUGCUGCCAGCUCUUCCAUCCGGCAAAUCCCUCGACAAUCCGAUUGCUGCGAGGGCGACGGAACCAGAGCUUGUAUCACCAGCACCAGACCCAACGGCUGCGGGCGUGCAAACUCCGCCCCACCUCCCCAUCAAACACUCAAUUGCAAGAUCUAUUUACGGCGAGACCCGGAUCCACCCGCCAAUCGGGGUAUUACAGCCCAUCCGUUGCCCAAUAUGUGUAAGAUAUCUGGUCCCAUGGUUUUGGGCCGUCAGUCAGGCCCGGGUGCCACAGCCUACCGAUCAUAAGACAGGAUGCACCUGUCAGCCGGUCACAGAUACAACGACACACCCAUCAUUGUUGGGGACAUUUUGGAUUGUUAGGUCCACAUCCGGGCCCAUCCACCGCAACUGGGUACAACGACCUGUGCAUCAUUGGCAGCGAUGUGGUCGAGUUCUGGGGCCAUCAGCCAGUCUCGGAUAUGAAGGCCCAACCAUCGUCGAUGAGGACCUAGGUAUCGGUUCCAUCUACAUCUGGGCCAUCCGCUGGUACCGGGUACAAUAG